AUGUUUUCCUUCAAGAAUUCUCGCUUUGAUAAGGCCUUAGAUAAGGCGACCAGUGAGCUCCUUAUGGAGCCAGACUGGGAAGUAAACCUUCAGGUUUGUGAUAUCGUUCGAGGACAGGAAGUAACUCCAAAGUAUGCCAUUUCGUUGCUGCGAAAGAAACUGAACACCGAUAAUCCUCACGUUUGCAUGCUUUCGCUGUCAUUGUUAGAAUCUCUAAUGAAGAACUGUGGCACACCUAUGCAUGAUGAAGUUUGUGGCACGGAUUUCGUCAUGAGUCUUCUCGAUUACUUACAUUCAACCGAAGAGAUCCGGGCAAAGGUUUUGGGGCUAAUUCAAAACUGGGAGUACGCUUUCCAGAAGAACCCGAGCUACCACAGCCUUCAUAACGCAUUUGCGGAAAUAAAAAGAUCGGGUGCUACGCUGCCGCCUUUCCGGGAGAGUGAAGCUAUGUUUGCUGCCGAGGUGGCACCAGGUUGGAAAGACGGUGAUUGUUGUUUCCGAUGCAGGGCCUCAUUCAACGCCUUCCGGAGAAAGGUAGUCUGA